UCCAACCACUGGGGCCAGAGCGAGCGCUUUCCGGGGAAACAAACUCCGCAUAAAUAAUUGAGUUUGGAGCCCAGGGCUCUCAGAGGCUCGGAGCACACCUCCCCUGCGUCUUUCGAGCUGAAAAAGAGCAGAGAAGGGAAGGAGGGCGGCGACGCGAGCGAGAGCAGCCCGGCUGGUGGCGGGACGCUGUGCCUGCAGACGCCCGCCAGAGGGACAGCAGGGCCCAGCGAGCCGACCCCAGCGAGAGCGGGGAGAGCGCGCGACGGGCCCGGAGCCCUCGCCAGCGGAGGUGGGAAGACAGCCGGCCUCCGUGGCGGCCGCGGAGGCGCUGCAUGGACGGCAUGCGUUCCCCCGGAGGCCCCGCCGCGGGGCUCGCGGACAACGCCAGCCAGGGCUGGCCCCUGUCGGCCGCUGGUGUCAACGGCAGCGGGGAAGCGGAGACGCGCGGGGAAGGCGGCGGCCCCCCGGGGGACGUGCGCAACGAGGAGCUGGCCAAGCUGGAGAUCGCCGUGCUGGCUGUGACUUUCGUGGUAGCCGUGCUGGGUAACAGCAGUGUGUUGGUGGCGCUGCACCGCACGCCUCGCAAGACGUCCCGCAUGCACCUCUUCAUCCGCCACCUCAGCCUGGCCGACCUGGCCGUCGCUUUCUUCCAGGUGCUGCCGCAGAUGUGCUGGGACAUCACCUACCGCUUCCGCGGGCCCGACGGGCUGUGCCGCGUGGUGAAGCAUCUGCAGGUGUUCGGCAUGAUCGUGUCGCCCUACAUGCUGGUGGUCAUGACCGCCGACCGCUACAUUGCGGUGUGCCACCCGCUGAAGACGCUGCAGCAGCCCACGCGCCGCUCGCGCCUCAUGAUCGCCGCCGCCUGGGUGCUGAGCUUCGUGCUUAGCACACCGCAGUACUUCGUCUUCUCCAUGGUCGAAGUGAACAACGUCACCAAGGCUAAGGACUGCUGGGCCACCUUCAUCGAGCCCUGGGGUCCCCGCGCCUAUGUGACCUGGAUGACGGGUGGCAUCUUCGUGGCGCCCGUGGUCAUCCUGGGUACCUGCUAUGGCUUCAUCUGCUACCACAUCCGGAACAACGUCCGCGGAAAGGCUGCUUUGAUCCCUGGAAAGGGCGCGGAGGGCGCGAGUGGCGCUUUGCAUAAGGGGUUCCUGCUCGCGCCGUGUAUCAGCAGCGUGAAGACCAUUUCCCGCGCCAAGAUCCGCACGGUGAAGAUGACUUUUGUGAUCGUGACAGUUUACAUCGUUUGCUGGGCGCCCUUCUUCAUCCUCCAGAUGUGGUCUGUCUGGGAUGAGAAGUUUGUUUGGAUCGAAUCAGAAAACCCAGCCAUCACCAUCACUGCAUUACUGGCUUCCUUGAAUAGCUGCUGUAAUCCCUGGAUAUACAUGUUCUUUAGCGGUCAUCUCCUGCAAGACUGUGUCCACAGCUUCCUAUGCUGUCAGAACAUGAAGCAAACGUUCAACAAAGAAGAUUCUGACAGUAUGAGCAGAAGACAGACUUCCUACACUAACAACCGGAGCCCGACAGACAGUAUGGGUACAUGGAAGGACUCGCCUAAAUCCUCCAAGUCCGUCAAAUUCAUUCCCGUUUCAACCUGAGCCCAGAUUCAUGCAGCCUGACUCUUGGGCUGGACUUUUGGGUCCACUGGCUGAAUCCAGAUGGAAAUCAUGAGAACAAAUGAACUUCUAAGAGAUAAGCAUCAAUCAGUUUGUUGAGUACAAGACUGUGUUUCUAGUUGCAUUUUCUCACUGCUAUGACCAAAAGUUAUGAAUUGUUUUAUAUGGGAUGUUAAUAAAAAAUAAAAAGUUAAAAGUUACAAAAAAUGCUA